CGGCUGGCGGCUUACAUGCUUACAUGGGCGUUGCGACUGUUCUGAAUGUGACGAAGCCUCCAAAGGGCUCUAUGACUACUUGGAAGCUCACGAGUGCGCCGGGCGAAGGGCGCCGGGGUAUGCUUGCAUAUUGCGGCUGCAGCAAUGACGCUGGAAGUGUUCUCAUGAUUUUCUAUCGCUUGCCCACCAUCUCCUUCGAUGAUCUUACCAUUGAAUCACCCUCGUCAGAGGAUCCCUGGGCGUCGCUACAGCAUGGAUCAGUCUUGGAUGGCCCUGGGCAAGGCUUUCUAUCCACUCAGCCUCAGCUAGCCAUACGAUGCAAUGAGCAUCACAAUCAUUACAGGGCUAUCGCCUGACAGUGCCUUCAUGCAGGACAGCUGGAAUAUGACUAUGUGACCAAUCGUAUAUGAGUACCUGACCUGGGUUGCUACCGCUACUACUGUCUGUUUCUGCUCCAUGCACAGUCAAACAGUGGUGAAUACUUGCAUUUGACUAUGAACUUAUC